AUGUUGGGACUUAUAGGGCGGCCAAUCAGAAUUCCAAAGGAGACGUAUGCUGUACCGGGCACAGCGGUGGAAAUAGUAGCACAUUGUAAAUAUGAUGUGACCGAGGAACAGGUGGAAUGGAGUAGAGUUAUCAUAGUGAAAGGGAAAGAUAAAGAAGAAAAGAUUUUCGGGGCGGACGUCAAGAAGCCUUUUGGAAAACUAACCAUCUCAGAAGGAAGCACGAUUACUCUAACAUUCGCCAAAUUUGGGCCUAAAGACGGCGGACAAUACACAAUAACCAUCACAAAAGAUCCUGAAGCUGAGAAGGACUCAGCAACAACUGAGCUUAUCGUAGAGGAUCCAAAACGAGAGAAGAAGAUAAAAGCGAUGUUCAAUGAAAUAGACAAAGACAAAAGUGGAGAGAUCACAAACGAGGAGUUAGCGAAAGCUCUGAGGAAAGCUAAUCCUGGCCUCGAUGAGGAGGAUGUUGACAUGAUGAUCAAAGAGAGCGAUGAGAAUGGGGACGGGGUUGUGGAGUAUCACGAGUUUAGCACGUUCAUGAAAAAGGCCGGAUUGUAG